UCAUCCUCUCCCGACAUGACGACCGAGAAGAAGCGCAAGCGCGUCGAAAAGGACGAUGACCUCGCCAUUGACAUCAGCUUGCCCGAACCGCCGUCGAAGAAAGCCAAGCGCAAAGAGAAAAAGUCCAAGUCCAAGUCGGUUAAGCAGGCAGAGACAGCAGAUGGCGAGACAACAGCAUCAGUAACAGCGGUCGAAGAUCAGAUUCAUCCGACGCGCAGUCUGCAAGUGCCCGUCGCCAAGGGCGAGGAAGCCGGGAAGCGAUCCGACCAUGGCGUGUGGAUUGGCAAUCUCUCCUUCAAGACCACUAAGGACUCUCUGCGCCGGUUCCUGCUCGAACGAGGCGGCAUCGACGAGACGUCCAUCACGCGCACCAAUCUGCCUGUCGAUCACAACACGAAGCAGAACAAAGGUUUCGCUUAUGUUGACUUCACCACCGAGGCCGUCUUGAACAUUGCUCUGACGUGCAGCGAAAAGUUGCUCGAUGGUCGCAAAUUGCUGAUCAAGGACGCCAAAAGCUUCGAGGGUCGACCUGCAAAAAGCAAGGCGGAAGAAGACGCGGCGAAGAAUGGCAACGUCAGCACGAAAGCCCCUAGCAAGCGCGUGUUCGUAGGUAAUCUAAGCUUUGACAUCACAAGAGACGAGCUGUCCGAGCACUUUGCACAAGCUGGAGUGGUGGAAGAUGUCUUUUUGGCUACUUUCGAAGACAGCGGAAAGUGCAAAGGCUUCGGAUGGAUCACGUUUGCAGAUGUCGAAUCUGCUGAAAAGGCUGUCAAGGGCUUCAUAUUCAAGGACCAGAAAGACGGCGACGCGAGCGACGAUGAGGAAGGUGCACAGAAAGAGUCGAAAGAGGGGAGUGACAGCGAGGAAUUCACUGAAGAGCAAAGGAAGCGACAUUUGAAGAAGAAAAAGAAGCCCAUGAAGUGGUUCAUCAACCGCAUCCACGGCCGCAUGAUGAAGCUUGAGUUCGCAGAGGACAAACAAACCAGAUACACCAAGCGAUAUGGAAAAGGCGGGUCCAAGCAGCAGCAGGAUACUCUCGCAGGGGGCGAGAAGCAGGCCAACACUGGCGCAGAAGAAUUUGGCGAGGAGAGCAUAGAAGGCUUGGCUAGACAAGCCGCCGCUGCACGAGACGCACCAAAAGACAACAAAAAGAAACGCGAUCCUAAAUUGAAGGGUCUGGAUAAAGACCAGAGACAAGAGCUGAGACGAAAGAAGCACGACGCGAGGCUUACUGCUCCUGGUGCCGCACUGGCGAAUGCCCAGCGAAGUGGAAAGGCUACCGGUGCAGCCGUCGCUGGUACAGGGAAAAGGAUCAGCUUCGAGUGAAUGUCGCGCAGUGUCUUAUGUUGCGUUUGAGGCAAAUCCGUCUCGUUUGUGCUCGGAAGCCGCCUACUGCCUUCUUGCACAGAAGAGAAAGAGUAGGAUUUCCACGAAACCGUCUACCUGCCAAGAGUAUAUAAACGCAAUUGGCAGCUAGAGUAAUGAGAAACAUCCAUAUUCCAGCACCGUCUCGCGGACCUCUCACCGUACUAAUCAAUUGCACUGCAUCAUUCGCAAGCAUCAUAGACUUCACCACCUCAACUUUACUUUCAUCUCCGCAAGCUCUUGCCUAGGUAUGCCAACGGCUGUUCGUCCGCGAUUCGCGCUGCUGCAACAGAAAACUCAUGCAGUCCAUGACAGUCAGACAACUCCUCGAUGAGAGUUUCGAACCCCAUGCGUUGGAGAGGCCAUUCACACCCUAGAACAGUCUGCACGGACGAAGGCGAAGCAGAGCAAGAUUGGUGCGCUUUCGAACCUUUGUACGCGUUCGGGUCGCAGGAGCCUUGAAAGGGGUAUCACUGAUAGACGGUUGUGGUGAUCGAUUGACGAGGACUUGAGGAGGUCAAGAGGGUUAACACCCAAGAGAGUCAAGGCUAAAGUCACCAAGAGGUCAGUAAAUG